UAGCCAAAGCCGAAGGGCUGGGACGCCAGCGUUAUGAUUUCUAUGCCAGCGUGUAAAUAAUCAUCUUCUACUGACUUUAGUGGCUGUCCUUCCUUGGACUUCACUUGACUGCAGGUCUUUCCUUUAGGGCGUUGCUCUUUCUGCAGAAAGACAUCGUGUGUAGUGGAUGUGGCUAUUCUUUUUUUCGGGUCAGGAAAAAAGCGACGAGCGAGCGCGCGCUACGAGGUUCACUGUCGUCGGCAGCCGUCGGAGUGUUUGUGUUUAUACUCAAGCGGCAGAGAACGUACAGCGUUAAUCAGCGUGCUCUGGCUGCGGUGCGCGUACUUCACGUUGGCGUUGCGCGGCAGCAUUCGCCGGUACACGCUUUGCCACACUUUCAAGUGUGCUUCGUGAAGAGAAGAAGCAAAGAAAAAUGGCGGAGUCCAGGGAACUGACGACAGAUGAAGCGGAAAGACUCAUCGAGGCAGUCAGAGAACAUCCAUGCCUCUACAACACUCGUCUGCUGGAGUACCGGGACAUUGGGCGGAAAGAAAAUGCGUGGGAAGCUGUACGUGCCACCUGCAUGUUCCAAACCACGGAAGAAACGAAGAAACAUUGGAAAAGGCUCAGAGACCGCUACGUUCGGGAACUGCGCGUAUCGGACGAGUCCACAAGAAGCGGCAGUGGGCCCAUCCGCAAGAAACAGCAGUGGCAGUUCCUUGCGCAUAUGGAAUUUUAUCGGGACUGCCUGAGACCUAGGAAGAUGACUUCUAACGUGCAGCUGUUAAGUGCAGCUGAUGAAGAUGUCGCAUUGCAAAGCUCGACGCCCCAGGUCAUUUUCGAUUCUAUGAUGCAAAGUGAAAGAGUGGAUGGGAACCAGAGCGAUGACGAUGCUGUGAAUGGGGACGACAAUGAUGCACCUUGGCCACAACCGAAUACCCCAGUGAACUCGAGAGGCCAAGAAUCACCAUACCAUGCGAAUGAACAAUUGCCCGCAAGGCCAGCAAAUGCCUCUUUCUCAAAAAAGAGGAAGGAACCCGACAUAGUGGAACGAGAGCUACUCAACCAGCUACAAGUCAAAAUGUCGGAAAAUGAGGCCUUUUGCUACUCGGUAGCGCGCACCCUGGACCGUUGGGACAGUCUAAUAAGUGCGCGUUUCAAGGCUGACGUAAUGCAGCUGAUAGUAAAAUACGAAGAAGAGAAUCUUCAAUUGACUUAAGGGGGAGUCACUUCUUAGGAAGUCUGUGGGGAAUUUUUGUUCGCAGGGUUCUCGCAAAUCUCGCGAAAUUUCUACACGAAACAGAUACAGGCGUGUUCCCCUCGAGUUUAUCUAGGGAAUGACAUAUUUUUGAAGGCUUGAAGCGAUCCACUGAUUUUUGGCGAAUUAAAGUUUGUCAAAUUUUCAAUACGUGGGAGUCUAUGAGAGAUGCAACAAAAUCGCUUCUCUCGGCACGCCCGCCCGCGAUACUUGGGCAAAAAUGGUGUCAUUCCCUACAGUAACAGUCGGAGAAUUGAUUGCAAUCAACAAAUUCGACGAGCUUACUGCAGUUUUCCAGAUACCUACGAAUGAAAAUAAUGGCUUUGGCGUUUGUUAUCAUGUUCUGCACGCUGGCGCCGACUACAUUACCAAAGCGCGGAAGGAAAGCAAUGCGAAGAAAAUUUGGGGACGGUACAGCCAACUCUCUCCGGAAGCGAACGUCCGCAUGAGUCCGCCUUAAUAGUACGAAAGAGAGCACAUGUUAAACGUUUAUUCAGCGCUUAUUCAAGAGCGAAUAAAAUGUUCAGUGAAACGGGCUGUACAGCAUUAAAUGCAGUGUUCCGGCGGUAACACGUCAGGUCCUAUACACAACUCCACCAUGCCACUCAAUACGUCCCUCAGACUAAAUAAAAUAAUCUGCUAGGUGGUCUCACUGUGAUCGCAUUAGG